GUUUUCCAAUAGAUUCUCCAGUGCAUGGGCCACAGCAGUUCGUUACAGUUCGAUAAACGGAAAUAAUUUUUUAGAAAAUCUCAAUCACUUGAGAGAGAACAACGAAAUAAAAUGUUGAGCUUCAAAUCGGCUCUUCUAGUGCUGUCGUUCGGGCUCGUGGGGUUGAUCAUGUGCUGUGCCGGAGAAGAACUUUACUCGAGCAAGUACGACUACGUCGAUGUGGAUGCCAUUUUGGCAGUGCCGAGGCAACGGGCUCAGUACUACAGAUGUUUCUCCGGCGAAGGACGUUGUCUGACUCCUGAUGCCAAGUUUUUCAAAGAUCACUUGAGAGAGGCCAUUGUGACCAACUGCCGGAGAUGCACCGAAAAGCAGAAAAAGUGGUUCAACAAGGUCUCGAUAUAUUACGCGGAAAACGAGCCCGAAAAAUACAAGGCACUGGUCGCAAGAGCGAUCGCAGAUGCGCGAGAAAAAAAAGCCUCAGGAUGAAUCCACAUCUGUUGAUAAAUACCCCACUUUUUAAAUAAGAAGACAAUCUCUAAUAUUGAUGAAACUUCAAAAAUACUCGUGAGAUCCAGCGAUAAUCCUCAUCGAAGAAAAAUCGUUAUUUCGUUUUAGUGUUUUCAUCAAUGGCCCUUCCCCCUCAAUAAUAUCGUACAUUGAUUUGUUACGAAGUUAGACUAAAACCCUAAUCGUGCUGUUAAGAACGAAUAAAUCGAGAAUAAUAAUAAUACAA